AUGAAAUAUUAGUCUAUGCUUUUAAAGGAAAGAGUGUUCUGUGGUACAAAUCUAACCUCAAAUAUAGAUAACCUCAAAGUUCUAGCAAAAGUCAACAGUGUUGUGGUGAAAUUCAAUUUCGAUUUACUUGCUGAUAAAUACAACAAUAUGGGUAAACAUAAAAACCGUCGCUAUAAAUUGCACGUCUCUGCGCCUUCAACUAAGUCAGAUGGCAGUGUUAAGCAACAAACGAUGGACUUUUCAAAUAAACCUCCACUUGAAGUCGAUAGUAACGUCUUCCAAGGAAUUGACCUUUUAUCACUGAUAGGAAAAGCACCCAAAGACCGCAUUGACGAUGAUACUGUUAGUGUGAAAUCAUACAUAUCAAAUAAAUCUAUUAAAGGAGAAACCAUAAUGCCAAAAAAGGAAAAACGAAAACUUCGUAGACAAUUGUUACUGAGGAAGGUAGACACUGUUAACCAAUUGAAGAAAGAAUUUAAGGAGAAGCAGAAAAAGAAGGUGAAAAAUGAAACAUUAGACAUGAAAACAUUAUUAGAUAGUUUACCUAUAACUGAGCAUCCACUUAGUGCCCAAAGCACAAAAAUAUCUUUACCUCGGCAGUCCAAAACUAAAGGAAAGGCCAUUGAAAAAAGCAAAAAAAUACAGAAGAAGGCCAUUAAUAAUGUAAAUAUUUAUAAAAAAAUACUCAAGAGUCCCAUAUUAGCCAAUGACCCACUAGGGACAAUUUCUCAGCAUUUGAAGGCGUUUGUUGAACAGGAGCGGAAAGCCGAAUCAAAACCUACUAAAGUGCUACGUCCAAACAAGAAGAACAAAUGAAGGAAAUAAAUUUAUUACAUGUUA